GUGGUGACGUAGGACGUACGUUUUGUUGUGUGGCGCGCCAAACGCGACAGCUACCAGAAAACGUAAAGUAGAAGUGCUAAGAAGUCGCAGAAUACUCAUUAACCAAACUUGAUCCACCAGACAUAUUAACAUGGCUUCUACAGAUAAACCGCCGACACAAGCUAGAAAUUUACCCUGGGUUGAAAAAUACAGACCACAGACCCUUGAUGACCUGAUCUCACACAAAGAUAUUCUGAGCACCAUCCAGAAGUUUAUCAGUGAGGACAAGCUUCCCCAUCUCUUGUUCUAUGGUCCACCAGGAACAGGCAAAACCUCCACCAUCCUUGCCUGUGCCAGACAGCUGUACAAGGACAAAGAGUUCAACUCUAUGGUGUUGGAGCUAAACGCGUCCGAUGACCGAGGUAUUGGUGUCGUACGAGGUCCCAUUCUGAGUUUCGCCAGCACCAGGACGAUCUUUAAGAAGGGCUUCAAGUUGGUGAUACUGGAUGAGGCUGAUGCCAUGACCCAGGAUGCCCAGAAUGCAUUGCGGCGAGUGAUUGAGAAGUUCACGGAAAACACCAGGUUCUGUAUGAUCUGCAACUACCUGUCUAAGAUCAUCCCUGCCCUCCAGUCUCGCUGCACCAGGUUUCGUUUCGGGCCGCUGUCCCAAGACCAGAUGAUCCCUCGGCUAGAGUAUGUCAUCCAACAGGAGAGUAUCGAUAUAACUCAAGAUGGAAUGAAGGCCAUUGUGACCCUUUCAUCAGGUGACAUGAGAAGAUCUCUCAACAUACUUCAGAGCACCAGUAUGGCGUAUGGGAAGGUCACAGAGGAGACGGUGUACACCUGCACUGGUCACCCCCUCCGCUCAGACAUAGCCAACAUCCUCGACUGGUCCCUCAACAAAGACUUCACCACAGCAUACAAACUAAUCCUUGAGUUGAAGACUCUGAAAGGUUUGGCCCUGCAUGAUAUUCUCACAGAGGUUCAUCUGCUUAUACACAGAGUUGACUUUCCUCCAGCUAUUCGGAUCGAUCUGCUCAUCAAGUUGGCUGACAUAGAGCACCGGCUCGCCUCAGGAACCAACGAGAAGAUCCAGCUAAGCUCCAUGGUUUCUGCUUUCCAGGGAGUGAGAGACCUUGUGGUCAGUGAGGCCUCAUAGAGAAAGCACCAGAUUCACCCCAAAGCCAACUUCUAUCUCUUGACUAUGUCACUAAUUUCCCUUCCUGUGCCUGUGAUAUGAAAGAGCUGGCAAUAUGUUUUCAAACAAGCAUGUUUUGGUUACAAUGCAACAAUCUGUAAAAAACACAUUUUUGUUGUGGAAGAAAACAGAUGUUCGAAAAGGUCUUGUCGCUGCAUAAAUGUAGAAUUAGGCAGAUGUCUCAAAGGCACAAAUGCUAGCAGCUCUGAGUCACUGACGUUGGACAGAAAGCAGCAUAUAAUCAAUUCAGUAUCAGUUUCUCCAUGGUGUAAAAAUGAUUCUUUUGCAUUUGAGUCUGUUUAAUAAAACAUUAUUUCCCAUAUAAA